GUGUGGUUUCCGCCGCUGCUUCUAUCCUACACUAAAAUUGACUCCCCCAAAAAAAGGAAAGAAAGAAAACCCUAAUCCCCCGUCGAUUCAGUUUUAUUUUUCAGCCUCGCAUUGCCUAUCUUUCUCUCUCCUCACUUUCUCUCUCUAUCUCUCUCUCCAUUUCUCUCUCUGCAGUCCACUAUUUCUGUCCCUAUACAACGUUUCUUCGCGAAUCCUUCCUCUUUUGUCUGCCGCGCUGACACUAAAUCCAAUCCUCCAUUUUCAGAGCACGAAAAGAAAUUUGAUCCACAGAGCUCCAUUUUAUCCCCAAUCGAUCGUUUAUCGAUUCGUUUGCAGGAAUUAUAAAUUCAAGUUAAGGAUAUGUCUCCAGCAUCAAGAUCCAAGCCCAAAGACAAAAAGUCCGGCAAGGAACCUCCAAAGGGUUCUUCAAAGUCUUCAGCAAGUGGAUACAAUCCUCUUUUGGGAACAUUCACUACAUUCGAAACAGCACCAUUGCCAUCUGUCAGUCCGCUUCACGUGAAUGGCCGCUUCCGAACAAUAGAUGAUACAGCGGAUGACCAUAACGGGAAUAAUUCAUCUGGUACGGGUAACGAUUACGAUUCCGUUUCAAAUAACGGCAGCUGGUCCGGCGAGUCGGAAGAUCAUAAAGAAAAAGCAUCUCCGACACUUCAUCGGCCGGAGUCAGUACCUGGAUCGGACAACGACAAGAGAGAGAAAAUACGCCAAAAGAAUGAAAGAAAGCAUCAACGUCAAAAGGAGAGGCGGGCCCAAGAGCUGCACGAUCGGUGCAGCGGCUACCUCAUGUCGAGGAAGCUAGAAGCACUUGCACAGCAGCUUGUGUCUAUGGGGUUCACUCAAGAACGGGCGACCAUGGCUCUCAUUUUGAAUGAAGGUAGGGUGGAGGAAUCUGUAUCGUGGCUUUUUGAAAGCGUUGAAGAUGAGAACAAGCAAACAGAAAAUCAUAAACUUGGUGGUAGUGGUGGUGGUAAUUUGAAAAUCGACAUAUCGGAAGAGCUUGCUCGAAUUACAGAAAUGGAAGUUAGAUAUAAAUCUUCAAAACAGGAGGUUGAGAGAGCUGUAGUUUCUUGUGAGGGUGAUUUAGACAAGGCAGAAGAAACAUUGAAGGCACAGAAGGAGGAGCCUCCUGCCGUUCUUGUCGAUCCUCCUAAUGUAGGCAACACUAGCAAGAUACCAAUACCAGCUAAUCAAAAUCCAAUACGAAUACAGGCGAAAUUGAAUCCAUCUACCAGUAUACAACAGAAUCGAGAUGAAAGAGAUUUCAACUAUACGAAAGCUCCAAUAACAGUAGGGUCUUCGAUUGACCCCGGAGCCAAAAGUAUGCAGUUGUUAAAGAAAAUACCACCUAAAUCAGAUUGGACCAAACCACAGCCACAGAUUUCUACGCCAGCAGAGAAAAGGGUUGCAGGUGCAGUAUCUAAUCGUUCGCUGACAUCACCUUCCCCAGCAAAAACAGAAGCCCAUUAUGUUUCGGUCGGAAAUGAAUUGAAGAAUUUGCAGCUUGGAUCGGUGAAAGAGCCUGUGAUGAUGAUGCAGCGACCUCCUCAAUAUGCAUUCGUGAAGCAGCAGCAGCAGUCUCCUAGUGGAAGCCUCAGCUCUUCUCCUCCUCUUCCUCCUGGAACAACGUCUAUGAUGGGCUGGUACCCAAAUUCUUCAGUCGAAAUGGUGAAGCCGUCCAAUGGGUUCGUGCCACCUGUCGCUGUAUCUAGAAGCUUCAGCAGCAAUGGUGUUAAUUCGAACCCGCUGCACAGCCACCAAUUUCAGUACCAACAAUUACAGCAGCAGCAUCAAUAUAUGUCCAACAGUAGUAGUAGUAGCCCAACGGAUUCUCUAGGAACCACUGGCGGCAGACGUGGUGGUGCUUCACCGCCAAUCACCGCUGCCGCCUCUCUCGGCCUCUUCUCUGCGUACAGCAACAACAGCACAAGCGGCUCAUCUGGGUCUUCGCCUCGAGUUGACUGGACAACUGGAAAUUCGACUUCGCCGCAGUUUGAUUAUACAACUGUGGACUGGAGUCUUGAUUUAGGGCGUGAGUCAUCUCCCUUGACUUCGAGGUCAAACAAAGGGUGGGGUGGUUCGAGCCACCCACCCAUGCAAAACGAUGCGCGUAUAUAUGAUUCUUAUGCGUAUGGUCUGAGUGUGAAAUCUGGUGCUAUGAGGCCCGUUUUAUCUUCUAACGGUGUUGCAGUAGCAGCAUCAGCACCACCACCAGUUUCAGGAGUAGCUACUACCGAACAGACGGGUACUGAUUCUCGAGAAUGGUCUUCUCCAUUUGAGGAAAAAGAUAUUUUCAGUUUGCCCAGACAGUUUGUUUCCUCACCUUCUCUGUAAAAGAUGAAUGAUGAGGUUUUUUCUUUCUUUUUUCUUUUUUAGAAAAUAAAGAAGAAAAGAAAAAGACCUUGUUGCUUGAGCUUUCGGUGUUGGUUCUGUUGUGAUGCUUUGUGUUGUUGAUA